GAGUAUGGGUUGGUUUUAAUUCGAAAAGAAACAAUAAAAUGUAUUUCCGUGCAUGGAGGAUUGUAUACACGGAUUUAUUAUGUGACCGAUUAACUCGAAAUACUUAAUACUUGAAAUGAGUAGUCAAAUUAAAUCUCGAGCCAAGAGCGCCGAAUAGUUGGAGCGUGAGAUUCGAUAUCAGAUUCCGAAUACUAUCGGCUCGUUGGAGAGGAUGAACCUCCGAAGCAUGGAUUUCCGUGAAAUGUCAGGAAGACGAGGGUUAGAAGGCCGUAGAAACUUGGAGAAUUGAGUAAUAAUAAAUUCUGAAGCAGAAAUAGCUCGAUUCAAGUUCAUCAGAUCUGGGUUGUUCUAUCUGCCCUCGUAUCUCACUUUUCAUUCAACAAAUGAACAAUGAUAUUUUAAGAUAAAUGUAGGUUAAGUAAAAAAAAAGUAAUUUCAUUAAUGAAAUUUUCAACAUCUUCGAAAUUACAUAUUUAACAAAGAAUUUCAGAUAUUUAUUGUCUCUAAAGAAUGUACAAAUUAUUUGCAUGGAUAUAGAAACAUCAAAUAUCACGAGAUAAUUUCAACAUUUGCGAAUCAAGAAUUUUAGAUUGAUUUUCACAAAGAACAUUAGUACAUAGAGAAAUAUUAGUACAUAAAGAACAUGCACCGUAUGAUUUAAACAGUAACGUUUCGUGCUUGGCGUGACCAGAAACCAUCAAAGAAAGUUCUCCAAAAAGGAAAAGAAAAAAGGAGGAACUAAACGAAGAAAUUGAGUACUUUUGCUAAGAUGGCCGAUGUCGCCGAAAGUGCAGCCUUUACCGAUCCAGCUACGGCAAUCUCUCAUGGAAAACGACAUUUGUUAGUGAGAGAUUACACCAUGGCUGUAACCGCAUUGGCACAAGCUUGUCAAUUGCUUGCUGAAAAACAUGGAGAUACUGCGGAUGAACUUGGUGAGCCUUAUUUAUUAUACGGUCGGGCUCUUCUUGGUCUAGCAAGAGAAGAAGCUGGGGUAUUGGGUGGCGGAGUACCAGGUACAGAAGAAACUGAAGAGGAUGAUGAAGAAGACGAGGAAGAAGCUGAGGAUGAAAAAUUAAGCAACAUAGAUGAAAAAGAAGACGAGGAGAGUGAAGAUCAUACGGAUAAUGGUACGGUGAGCGAUGAAAAAGAGAAAACUGCUAUUGAGGACAAAGCUGAAGAUUCGAAAACUGACCAAGAAUCUAAAAAACCAGAAGCUGAAAAAAAAGAAGAGAAAAUAGAAUCAAAUAAUGAAAAGCAAGAAGUUGAAAAAUCAGAACUUGAUAAGACAGAAGAUAGUAAAAUAACGAAACAAGCGAUAGAAAAGCCAGAAAAGGAAGAUGAGAAACCUGCAGCUGGUUCUAGUAAGGAUAUAAGUCACGCUAAUGGACCAUCUUGUUCAUCUGAUCAUAAUGGAGAUGUAAAGAAAAAUGGAGAAAAUGAUGGUGAGGAUAUAGGAAAUGAAGAUGAAGAGGAUGAAGUCAACAAUCUACAGGUCGCUUGGGAAGUAUUAGAGCUUGCGAAAUUGGUGUUGCUAAAACGUGGUCAGACAGGUUGGAAAUUAUUAGCCGAUGCUUAUCGACUCUUAGGAGAGGUGGCUAUGGAGGGAGGAAACUUUCAAGGUGCUCUGAAUGAUCUGCAUCGGUGUUUGGACCUUUUACAACAGAUUGAGCCUCGGGAGCCAAGGGCAAUAGCCGAGAUACAUUAUCAGCUUGCAUUAGCUCAUUCUUUGGGCAACGAAUUCGACGCUAGCAUCGAAGAGUUUAAUAAAGCCACAGAAUUAUUGGAAACGCGUAUAAAAGAAUUGGAAGUAAAAGAACCUCCUAAAACGGAUGAUUCUUUCUAUACUGUAGAAGGAGAGAUCCAAGAAUUAAAAGAACUGUUGCCAGAAAUCCAAGAGAAGAUUUCAGAUAUGAAGGACUUCAAGCAAGAAGCCUGCAAACUUGUCAUAGAGGGUAUCAAAAGCAAAGUAGCUGGUGGUUGUUCAAAUGGUGCUGGACCAAGUGGUAACAAUGAUUCUGCACCUAAAAUUCAAAAACCUGCUAGUGAUAUAUCUCAUUUGGUGCGUAAGAAACGGAAAGCCGACGAACCAGAGACAGAAGUUGCGUCGCCAUGUAAAAAACCGACACCAGAGAAAGCUGUUUGAAUAAAUUUAGUGUAUCUGAAAUGUUCUUGGUACCUUGUUACUUGGUUUGACAUGGUGAAAAUUUGAAGGAAAAAUCUGUAUCAAAGAUAGAACUUUCAGUGUUGGACCAAAAUAAGAUAAAAAAUCAGUGAUCCCAGCAGAAAGAUUCUAUAUAUCAGGGAAAAUGUUUUAAUAGAAAUAGACAGAAUAUUUUGAUUUUAUCUCUUUUAUUCAAUGAUUACAGUCAAAAAUUAUUGAAUACAUAUUUUAUUUCUUUUUUUUUUUUUUUUGUUCUGUAAUUCGUGUAUUUAUUCUUUAUCUAAUAAGAAAUUGGCAAUAACAAAUUGCUGAUUACUAUCCAAAUUAUAUUCAUUUUUAAACUUAUUUUCUAAGACAUAUUAUGGCAUUAA